AAUCUCUUCGGGAAAGAGAGCCAAGUGCUUACCCAGCUUCAGAGGAACUUUUGGGAACAAGUUACCACAAAACGGCGAAGAUUAACACCAACCUGAUUAACGAAUACAUUCGUAUCGGGAAUGAG